AUGGCGGAGCCGCCGCCAGGAGCCGCCGCUCCGCGGGGCCGCGGCCGGGCCUGGGAGCGCGGCGGCUCCGCGCAGCACCGUGAGGACGGCACGGAGCCCCCCGGCCCCGCUCACAACGGUCCGGGCACGGAGCUCUCCGGCCCCGCUCACAACGGUUCGGACGCGGAUCCCCCUGGCCCCGCUUUGAACGGUCCGGGCACGGAUGCCCCCGGCCCCAUUCAGGACGGUUCGGACACGGAGCCCCCCGGUCCCGCUGAGGACGGGCCGGGCACGGAGCCCCCCGGCUAUGCUCACAACGGUUCGGGCACGGAGCCCCCCAGCCCCGCUGAGGACGGGCCGGGCACCGAGGACGCGGCCGCCCCGCUGGGGCCGGAGCUGCCGCUGGUGCCGCCGGAGCUCCGCGCGCGGCUGCUGGACCGGCGGGACUACCGGGGCCGCGCGCAGGCCGUGGAGCAGCUGCGGCGGGCGGUGGAGGGCUGCAGCCCGGCCGCGCUGGGCGCCGCUCCCGCCGCCGCGCUGCUGGGGCUGAUCGCGCUGCUGGACGCGCUGCUGCACGACCCCAACUUCGCGGUGGCGCGGGGCGCGCUGGAGGUGACCCGGCUGCUGGCGCUGCGCCUCGGCCGCCGCGUCCCCGCCGUGCUGGCCCCGCUGGUGUGCGCGGCCGCCCGGGCGCUGGGGGACGCGCAGCCGGCCAUGCGGCGGGACAGCGCCCGGCUGCUGCUGCGCCUGAUGGCGGCGGCCGGGCCGCGGCCCGUGCUGCGGCUGCUGCUGCAGGAGCGGCUGCUGCGGCACCGCAGCGCCCGGCUCCGCGAGGAGCUGCUCCACACGUGCAUCGCCGCGCUGCUCGCCUUCCCCGCCGCCGAGCUGGACCUGCCCCAGCUGGCGGCCGCGCUGGCGCCGGCGCUGCUGGACGCCAAGCGCAGGGUCCGGCACGCCGCCAUGGAGGCGAUGGCCGCGCUGGCCUCGGCCAUGGGUCCCGGCGACGCGGGCGCGCUGCUCCGCGCCCUGGACGCCGUGGAGCUGCGGGCCGGCGGCGCGGGGGCGGCGCUGGCCGUGCGGGCCCGGCUGGCCCGGAACGCGCUGCCCCGGCUGGGCCAGCAGGGACUCGUGGAGUACGGAGUGCCCCUGCCCUGCUCCGGCCGCUGCCGCGGGCCCUGCCCGCCGCCCGGCCCCGACACCGAGUGGCUGCUGAUGGGCAGCCGCAGCCGCAGCGCGCACGGGCACUGCGGGCACCCCGCCUGCCGCGGUGCCCUGCACGGCCCCGCCUGUGCCCGGCGGGGAACGAGCCCCAGGAGGGUCCUGAGCGCCGGCAGAGGCAAAAACAAGCUGCCCUGGGAGAGCGAGCCGGCUGCGGACGGGGAAGGCGGCUCGGGGGUGAGGAUGCCCGUCGCGAAGGGCGUGGAGCAGUUGGCUGCAGCCAGUGAUCCCCUGCAGCCCCCGAAGGCCCAGCCCUCCCAGGGGAUCCCAGGCAGUGCUGAGCUGCUCUUCAGCAGGAGCAGAACCUCCAGGACUGUGGAGCUGGCCCCUGAGCACCCUGCCCUUGCUGCUGGUGCUCUGGGCUCUCAUCAGCCCCAGGUUUCAGGGAAGUGUGGGACACUUGGAUACUCCCGUGGGAGGAGUGGCAGUGUGGGCUCUGGUUUGCAGUUUCUGGCACUCAAUAACUGUCAGCAGGACAAAGUUUGUUCCAGCCUCAGUUUUGCCAGCAAGACCCAGAGAAGUUUUUGCACUCAGGCAGAGCCCACCGUGUCCUUCCAGGGUCCCAGUGCCAGCCAGGGCACCUUCAUCCUGCCCUCCUUCCCCCUGGCAUCACCCAGGAACAGCCCCAAGCACCUCUCUGCUCCUGCUGCCCUGGCAGGGAGGUGCCAGGAGGACCCCAGGAGCCUCUCCAGCUCCUGGCCUCUCAAAAGCUUCCAGGGGCUGCCCAAGCCUGGUGGCCAGAAGCAGCUGCUCAGCCAAAAGCCAGGAGACAGCACAGGGGACAGCCAGCUGGAGAAGCCUUCCCUGCAGCUGGAGAAGCCUUCCCUGCAGCUGGAGAAGCCUUCCCUGCAGCUGGAGAAGCCCCCCCUGCAGCUGGAGAAGCCCCCCCUGCAGCUGAGGAGCGCCCUGGGCAGAGGGCAGGCGCUGAGGGGUGCCCGGCCCGUGCCCCCCAUCCCGCGGCUGCCCAGCCCCCGGGAGCGCCCUGGCAGCAGGGAGGGCACGGAGCUGGCAGCAGGGCUGGCAGAGCUGCACCUGCAGCCCGAGCAGGUGGACCAGGAGGAGAUGCAGAAUUCGCUGCGGUCCCUGCGGAGCAGCGCAGCCAAGAAGAGAGCCAAGCUGAGCAGCAGCAUGGCCGAGCUGGAGAGCCCCGACUCGGCGGUGAAACUGGAAUUUCCCGGGGACUGCCCCUCGCUGGGCUCCUCCCCCGGCACCACCUCCACCGGCGAGAGUGGAAUUUCCAGCCUGGAGUCCCUGGGCUCCCCCGCGGCCACGCUGGCCCCCAGGAGGAGAGUGCUGUCAGACACUUUCCCAGCACUUGGCAGCAAAUCCCAUCCUGCAGAAGCAUCUCCAGCCAGGCCCAGAGACCCAGAGGGGGCAGAGCAGCCCCCCAACACAGGCCCUGCAGAGUCAGUGCCUGGUUUUGCACCAAAGGAUGAUCUGGGUUUCUCAUCUGGAGACGUUGCUGUGGUUGGCACAGGUGUUUUUGGGAGCCCUCCUGGCCCAGCUGCCAGCCAGCCCGUGCCCUGUGUGGCCAAUGGGGAUGCCCAGGGUGCCAGGGAGGGAGCAGAGGCUGCCCCAGGGAGAAGCUUCCAGAACAGCCCUUCCCGUUCCUGUGGCCAUGCAGGGAAGGAAGGAGAGAUUAAAGUGACCUUGUCAAAAUCUGCUCAGGAGAAGCUGAGGAGGAGGAGGAAAGAAGACAAAGAGCACAACCAUAAAGAGCAUCAGGAAGGCAAAGACUUGGAAGGGAAGGAAGAAUUCCCUUGGGAAAGGAUUAGACUGAGUAUGAGUGAACCAGAGAAACUCACAGCAGAAAGUGAGGAUGAGGGGUUUAGUCUCUGUGGGGAUUUACUGACAUCACCAAGAAAUGGAUCUUUGUCCUUAGAAAAUGUGGCCUUGACCCCUUCCCUGAAAAGAACCUCCAGUUUGAAGAGGUCCAAGUGUUCAUCCUUACUGGAUUCUGAGGAGCCGUGUCCGGGGCGGGGCCGCUGCCGGGAGCCGCCGGUGACGCGGAGCCCCGAGGUGCUGGACCCGGCCGAGCUGCUGCCCUUCCCCCGGCCCGAGCCCGCCCUGGCAGAGGCGCUGGCACUGCUGGCUGACCACGACUGGGAGAAGAAAAUUGAAGGUCUGAACUUUGUCAGGUGCUUGUCUGCCUACCAUGCCCCUAUUCUGACUGCAAAGCUCCAUGAAACAACUCUGGCUGUGGCUCAAGAGGUCAAGAAUUUACGCUCAGGUGUUUCUCGAGCUGCUGUGGUCUGUUUAGGGGAUUUGUUCACCCACCUGAAAAAGAGCAUGGAUCAAGAAGUAGAUAAUGCAGUAAAAGUCCUUUUGCACAAAGCUGGGGAAUCCAACACUUUUAUAAGGGAAGAGGUAGACAAGGCACUGAAGGCCAUGGUUAAUAAUGUGACUCCAGCACGUGCACUUUGUUCUCUUAUAAAUGGAGGGCAAAGCCACCUGCACUCGGCAGUGAGGAGAUGCACGGCCCAGCACGUGGGGGACAUCGUGCAGCGCCUGGGCCCCGAGCGCCUGCUGGCCGCGGGCCGGCCCCUGGCCGAGCGGCUGCUGCCCGCCGUGGCCCGGUUUGUGCAGGACAGCUCCCAGCAGACACGGUACUAUGGGAGGAGGAUGCUCUUCAGCAUGAUGGCUCAUCCUGACUUGGAUAAAAUCCUGGAGAAGUUUGUGCCCCCCAAGGAUUUGCCUUACAUUAAGGAAACUGUUGGCAGCCUACGAGAGAAGGGCCUGGGGGAGAUGCCCUUGGAUACAGCCUCAGCCAAAGGGAGGCGUUCCCAGACUGGAAGUGUUGGACAUUUGAGGUCGUCCUCUACUUGCAGAGAUGCUCCCAUCAUCCCAGACAGGGACUGCACGGAGAGCCAGGAGGCCCCUCGGAGAGCAGCCCCUCGCAGUGCCCUGGAGAGCGAGGAGUACCUCAGGGACCUCGUGGGCUCCCUGAACGCCAGGGAUUUCCGCGAGCGCAUCCGCGGGGUGCGCCAGCUGCUGCUGGAUACGGAGAGCAGCGCGGGCCCGGUGCUCGCCAACAUCGUCAGGAUCUUCGAUGCUUUCAAGCCUCGCCUGCACGACUCCAACAGCAAAGUGACCCAGGUGGCUUUGGAGGCCAUGCACAGGAUGAUUCCACUGCUCAAGGACAAUUUGUCACCUGUGAUCAACAUGUUGAUUCCUGCCAUAGUGGACAACAACCUCAACUCCAAAAACCCAGGGAUUUAUGCAGCUGCCACAAAUGUGAUCCAGGCUCUAUGUCAACACUUAGACACCUCCCUGCUCCUGCAGCCAUUCUGCACAAAAGCCCAGUUCCUGAGUGGAAAAGCAAAGCAGGACCUGACAGAAAAGCUGGCUGAGCUGGUGCCGGAGCUGUACCCUCGGAAGCCCUGUGCCGUGGAGCAGAAGGUGCUGCCCGUGCUGUGGCACCUGCUGGGCAGCUCUGCGGGCGGCGGCUCCGUGCCCGGCCCCCGCACGGCCACGGCCGCCUUGGCCCAGGCGCUGUGGGCACAGAUGGGCCCCGGGCUGCUCGCCCACGCCGCCGCCCAGCCCCCGCACAUCAGGAAGAACCUGGAGGAGCUUUUGGAGACGGGAACGUAAAAUUGUGAAAUGGCUGUCCCAGGUGCAGCUCCAGCGCCGCCUGAGCCGGGCACAUGGACGGCUGGUGCUGCCGGGACACGGGCGGGAGCAGGCCUGAGCUGGGCACGGUGCCUGAGGGAGAGCCCCAGAGCCAGGCUAGUUUGGACUGCACUGGGAGAGACACCGGAGCCAGGCUGGGAGAGCCUGGCAGCUGAACUGGGCUGUGCUGGGAGAGCCUGGCAGCUGAACUGGGCUGUGCUGGGCCAGCCUGAGGGCCUGAACUGGGCUGUGCUGGGUCAGUCUGCAGGCCUGAAGUGGGACAGUGUGCGGGGCUGAACUGGGCCAUGCUGGGAGAGCUGUGCUGGGCACUGUGGGGCUGGCUUCCUUCAUUGUCACCAGCAUGGCCAUGGAGGAGCCGCUCCAGCCCAUCUGUGCUUCCCUCCAGAGGCUCCAGUCCAGGACCUGUCCCUGGAUUGCCUGUGAAGAACCACACGGUCACAUCAGCACUGCGCUGUACAUGGAGAAGUGGAAGAGAGUCCUGGACACAGGGGUGCAGUGCUGUUUGUGCAAAACAUGUAUUUUUGUACCCCCACAGGCAGUGGUGCAGUAUUUGUUGUCUCAGGGCUGGGCAGUGGGGAGAAUGAACCCUGACCCUUCUCCAGCUGCGGGCUCUGGACACAUUGGACUUACAAAUAAAGGGAUUUAUUUCUGUA